GUGCUAUUUCUGCAUUGGAGCACAGAGUUGUCCAAUGUAUCUUGACUUAAUAAAGCUUCUUUGUGCCCUCCCCGUCCACGCUCAAAAAGCAUGAAGGACAAGCUAAUAGUGAUAGUGACCACGUAACAGCUCGCAGAAAGAGACACACUCGGACGACACUAAAAGAUAAUCAAAAGAUAAUAAUGUCUGACAGAAUCGUUGACGAGGAUCCAGUGACAGUAACUCACACAGGGCCCAAGGGUGUCAUCAAUGACUGGCGUAAGUUUAAACUGGAGAGCAUGGACCAGGAGGCUCUGCCACCCAAUAAGAGGGAGCUGCUAAGACAGAUGUCGUCCCCACAGAAACCCAAAGACUCCUGCGUGGGUGGACUGAAUCGCAAGAUGAGCGCUCAGGAAUAUGAACUGAUAAAGGAAGAAGACGAGAAAAGCCUGCGCAAGUACCGUAAGCAGUGCAUGCAAGAGAUGCACGAGCGCCUGAGCUUCGGGCCCAAAUUCGAGGGCGUUUAUGACCUUGACAGUGGCGAGGCCUUUCUGGAGGUCAUUGAGAAGGAGCACCGGCUCACAGUGGUGGUGGUGCACAUCUAUAAAGAUGGAGUGCCGGGCUGCGAGGCUCUUAACAGUUCAUUGGAUUGCUUGGCCACCGAAUAUGCCAGCGUUAAAUUCUGCCGCAUCUGCGCAUGCGAUACUGGAGCCGGCGAUCGUUUCUGCGAUGAUGUGCUGCCUGCCUUGUUAGUGUACAAGGCUGGAGAGCUGCUGGGGAACUUCCUGGCUGUCACGCAGCAUUUCAGCGAGGAGUUUUUUGCUACCGAUGUCGAGGCCUUCCUCAAUGCGUAUGGACUGCUGCCAGAGAAGGAGUGUGGCCCUGGAGCUGAGGAGGAUGAAGCUGAUGUGGAGUGAUGAAAGACAGCAUGGUGAAAGAAUGAAUGAGAAGAAUGCGUUCGAGCAUCUGACGAGAAUAAGUUUCAUUAUUCUUCCAGCUACGAUGAAAUGAAUUGGAGCGUGCACGUAUGGCUUAACAAGAUCUCUUUAGCAUGCUAGAGAAAACUACUGGAAAGCAACAUGGAAUGCAAUCAAGUCAAGUCGUCUUUGUUUCUAGAGCGCUUUUUACAAUGUAGAUCAUGUCAAAGCAGGUUAACAUAGAUGAAGAAAAGAGAACGAAAAGCCAUAACAUUGUUUCAGAUUGUGGAGCAAUGCAGCAUAUCACCCAGCAAACAAUUUUGUUUAAUGGACGUCUAAUAGACAUCUAAACAUAGACAUCUUGGCUAAAACAAGGCUAAACGUGCAGCUGUCAGUGAAAAACUAAUAUACAUUUGAGAAUAGCCCAAAGCUAGACUAGUUGUCAAAUAGAUUAGACAGACUUUAUAUGUGUGGUCAUUCAUUUCUGUUUAUUUGGCCUAUUCUUAGACGUCUAUUAGAUUUUCACUGACAGCCCAUGUUUAGCCUUGUUUUAGCCAAGAUGUCCAUUUAGACAACUCUAUUAGACAUCUUUUAAAAUCAAAAAAAGGCUUGCUGGCCAUGCAGGCAGGAGAGUAUUGUAAAAUGCUGGUGUAGUUAAAUUAAAGCUGAUUCAAUUCAGUGUAAUGCAAAGUCACUGCCGAAAGCCCCUGAAGAGCAGCUCUACCAUAGACACAGAGGCAACAGUGGCAAUGAACCAAAACUCAAGAUGAAUAAUGAGACAUCAUGCCAAGUACAAUGUGAUCCUGGAUUGAUAUCUAUCUUAAUCUUGGAACAUCAUUUUUGUUCGAAAAUGUAAUCCAUACCUAUUCACCACCCCUAAACCCAACCAUAACUGUAAAUGAUUCCCAAAGUCAGAGGGGAAUAAUAGUUGGAUAACUAAAAUCCCUUAAUUCUGAUUUUCUGAUUGGAAUGUUGUUCCAGGAUUAACAUAGAUGUUAAUCCAGGUACAUUUCCUACUUGGUGAAAUCAGGUUGGCGGUUUUCACCAGGUGCAUCUCACAAGGAACAAUUUCAUUGAUGAUUUUUAAAAGGAGGUGUGCCCCCAAACCCCAUCAUUGGGGGAAGGAAAACCAUAAAAUGUACAAAUGAUAUCGUAUAAAUGAAUAUUAGUCAUUAAAUCAAAAAGUUACGAAUUGCCAUGAGAUUGUGUUGGCUUUUUCAUAUAAACACAACUGGAUGAAUGUCAAAUUAGAUGAGAAUGAAUUAGUCUUAUGUGGAGUACUUGUGUACAUGUGACUGCACGUUGCAAACGAUUAUGCAAAUUUUCAAAUGGUUUCCAAACUGCGACUUGCUUCUUAAACUACGCAUGCCCAUUUUUUAUUCUGCUCUGUAUAGAAAUAGUUUCAAGCUGUUUCUUGAGUAGGGUUUGAUUGGUUUGCAUGCACAAGCUGUCUUACUGUAAAAAGAUUGUGAUGUAAGCUGUGCUUUUAGACGUGCAUAAAUAAAUGAAAAUGGAAACAUUAAA